AUGCCUCUGCUAAAUGGCGAACCCUUUGUUAAGCAACAGCCGCCGCCUGAUCUUCGGCCGGAAGAAGAAGUUUUCUUCUCACCCAUCACCUAUGAGGUCUUUCGGAACUACGAUGACUUCUUUGAGCGAACCAUUCAGCUGAAUACCAUGGCAUGGGGCUGUAGCUUCUGCGGUAUGCAAAACCUCAACUACCGCGAGGCGUUGGACUGCGAGGAAGGUGAUCGCACCCGUCUGGCCGCUUUCGGAGUGGGACUGUCACGCGGUCUUCUGCACAUUAUGCUACAUGCCCGACGUCGACGCCUUGCAGAUCUUGUUGACGUCCUUCUUGCUUUCACUACCUCUCGGUUCUUCGUCGGUGAGGAGUUGUGCCUUCGUCGGUGUGACGUUACCGUCAGCUCUGAACCUUCCGUCGUUGUCGAACGAGUUAUUUUGCCACCACCAAAGCCCAAAUGCGAGGAUCCUCAGGAAAACGAGAGACCCCCGACAAUGCCUGAUCCGAAGUCGAUCAAAUACGUCGUACGUGGCAUUGACAACCAAAUAAACUCAAACAACUCUUCUGAAUCAAACCCGACACUUAUUCUGCCCCAUUCAGCAUUGCACCGCCCACCGCAGAAUUUCCUUACCCGCGACAGGAUUAAGUCAUUCAUUAGGCAGACUGGCAAACUGGAGAAUCAGUUCUUUGUUCCUCGAGAAUCUAUGCUAAGGUACUUCAAUCUUUACCCUCUUGGAAGUCUCAAAUGGGCGGAGGUAUUUGCCGAACCCGACCUACCUUGGUCUGAUAUUGCAAUUCCGAGAAUUGUAACUGGUCGUGAAAAGAUGCUGAUGGUUUCAAAGGAUAGUUCGAACGCUGCAGCAAAAAGAACUGGCAACGCUUCCGUUGCAAUAAAAUCUAUAGGAAUCUCCGUAAACAACCACUCAUUGUCAGAAAUCGGCACUAACAUCCAUCGCCUUACCCGAAUUGAAAGAACCGAUUUGGAACGCACUUGGUCCCUUCUCCGCAAACGCGAUGACCUCGAUCUUUCCGAUCUUGUACCACUGCCACCACUCACGCCCAUUCGGUUGCGACGCUUCAUUCCACCAGAGGAUUUUGGUGUCUGUCUCCAAGUUUACGAGUUCUUCCACGUCUUCGGGGGUUUCCUGCACCUUCCAGUACCCGGUGCGGCUAGGCAGAUCUUGAAAGGUGAGACUUGGAAGUCUCCUGUUAUUAUGGAGGAAGGAAGCGAGGAAGGAAGUGGUUCUGAUGGACUCUCUUGGGGAACAUUGGAAGAGGUUCUCUUCAGCCAGGACCCUAUGGGUCCUUUCGCCGACGUUUUGUUUGGUUUGCUUUGCGCAAUUCGUCGUCUGGAGAGCGAAACAAAUGGUCGGCAACUGCCACCCACUGCUGAAGCUGCUGCUGCUUCUACCGUCUCCGCCAUCGCCACAUUGGAGGCGGGUCUUCCCCUUGCCUCUGCGAGCUUUCUCACUGGCCUCGGUUGCUCUCAAGAGUACACAACAGUGCUGGCAGAUACUCUUACUACCGCUUCCGGCUCAGCCCUCGCUGCAAUCUUCCAUGCGACAGCAGAGGCUACGCGCCAAUGUGAGCUUGUUGGUCUGGCGCCUAUCCACUCAGCACUGACAUCUAGAGCAGAGCGAGCUGCCGCUACAGUAGCCGGCGGCGGUGUAUCAGUUGUUGCGCCAUCCGAGGGUGGGACAAACAGCGGCCGUUCAUGGGCUGUUCGCGCCUCUGCAUUGGCUGUCGCUCUUGGUGGAGCCUCACUGCCGCCACUGGACAGGGCUGGGUUAGCGGAGGCCCUAUGGCUUCACAUCACUACCGCGCCAGCUAAGACGGGUGGGUGGAGGGGUUCCAUUUGGGGUGGCACGCGACCACUGGAUGACCCUUGUGUUGAUUUGAUGCGAAGUAAUCGGGAGAUUGUGGACAAACUACGGUCAGUGCCGCUUUACACUUGGCCAUUACGGGAUCGCCUUGUCCUGAUCGUCAGCCUUAUGGACGAGGUGCUACUGCAGCCACAAUUGCGUGAACGUAUGGAGGCUGCCUCGGAGGGUCUUCGACGCCUACGACUACAGCUGCGAGGAGUGCAGGCGGAACGCUACAAGUUCUACGGUGGCAAUGCAAAUAUCGCUAACAUGUUAUACGGCUUCUCGCCCUCCACUCUUAUUUCCACUAGCGACAACUGGUUAACAGGCACCCCACCUAUCCUCCGGAAUAGCAUGAAUCGGCCUCGCAGGAAGACUAUUGAGGCGGCGAAGGCGAAAAUUGCAGCAGAGUUUAAUUAUGCCAAGGGGGGUGGCAUAGAAUUUGAUGGCCAAAAGGCAGGUUUCGGUGCUAAUGGCGAGACACUGUCGGGAGCGAGCCUGCAACUUCCGCCUAUUAAUGCGAUCAGUGCGGAGUUAGAGAAGACGGAGCACGUGUUGUGGCAUUCUGUUCUUCGUACGGCCAGACGCUUCUCCAUGAUUCCUCUCGGCCAGGAUCGCAUAUACAGACGCUAUUGGCUGGUGCCAUCGCUACCAGCUGUCCUGGUUGAGGACACCUUACAGGAGGCUUCCUCAUCUUCUACUCCUUUUACUUCUUCCGCCAAUUCCGAGGGCAGUGCAAUGCAGGCACCAUCAUCGGCUGCGCUGCGUGUUCGUGGGCGUCAAGUCGGUGCUGGUAUGGCUCUUGGUGCAAGUGCAGCGGAGGCGGCACGCAACCUACAGCGUGCGAUCGAGCAAUUAUGCACCAGUGCGGAGAUGGAGGAUGAGCAUUGGCAAAACCCACGUCUUCUGGAUCGAGAUUCCCUCCUCUGUCAGCUCGCCAUUGAUCUGCCUGCUAAUCGAGACGUUCUUACGUUGGAUCAGCUUAAGGCUUUGAUUCAUCCGGUGAAUACUUAG